UCUCCGUGGCGUAUCUCCACCCCGGUCCAGCUCUCUGCCAUCCACUAGUGCAGAGUUUCACAGAGAUCCCACUAAAGGCAUACUAACAAGACCCUGAGUCACAGACGGAGCAAAUUGUCAUUGCUUGUGACCUUACGCUGGCCUCAAAUCCUCUUGGGAUCAGCUACCAGAGGGACUGAACUUGGCUUUUGUCUGGAAAUUAUUUGCUGCCUGGGACCUUUCCCACGUGAUUGAAGGCUGAUGGAUACACGUGUCUAGGUGACACUGUGUGACAGAUGCUCACUGUGCCCCACCACCCUGCCCUGGCCUUGCAGCCACACACCAGAUGCGCAGACAGCAGCAACGAGUGCCCUCCCCUGAGCGCAGAUGCUCUCUUUCAAGAAAAAAGAAGACAAACUACGGCGAAACUUCUUUGGCUGCAUCAAUAGUACUGAGAAUGGUGGACCUGGGAUUCAGCUGGAGAUUGCGAAACCUACUUUCCCUCACGGCUGUUGGUCAGUGGUCGCCUUCCACUGCUCCCAAGGGAACCAGAGCAGCUCCGCGCUGACUUCCGUGAGGUCUGAUUCACCAUGGGAGAUCAAAUGAUUUCCUGGCUCAGGUUUCGUGAAGUUCGACAUCUGCUUUGGACCCACAGUUUGGAAAAGGGAUCACCUCUGCGGCACAGUUAAGAGACAGAAAGCGCAGUCCCAGACGAUGAGCACUUUAAGUAGCGCUGGAAUAUUACUCAGCUUGACAACAGUGUCUGUUACGCUGGAUUUUAGUUUGCAUGGUGGUCUGAUGGCUUGGUCUUUAAGCACCAAUUUGACUCUGAAUCAGAGUUUACCUACAUCCGAUCCUCUCAAUGCCUCUGAGAAGGGCGAAGUCUCUCGGCUGUCAGUGAGAGAGAAGAACUGGCCAGCCCUCUUGAUCUUGGUCGUCAUCCUGCUUACCAUUGGGGGCAACAUACUGGUAAUUAUGGCUGUGUCCUUGGAGAAGAAGUUGCAGAACGCCACAAACUUCUUCCUGAUGUCCUUGGCGGUGGCAGACAUGCUGGUGGGUAUCCUGGUCAUGCCCGUGUCGCUCAUUGCAGUGCUGUACGAUUAUGCUUGGCCUUUGCCUAAACAGUUGUGCCCUAUAUGGAUUUCCCUAGAUGUGCUCUUUUCAACUGCAUCUAUAAUGCAUCUCUGUGCCAUCUCUCUUGAUCGGUAUGUAGCAAUACGCAAUCCCAUUGAGCACAGCCGCUUCAAUUCCCGCACCAAGGCUAUUAUGAAAAUUGCUGCAGUUUGGACCAUAUCCAUAGGGAUAUCUAUGCCCAUUCCAGUCAUUGGUUUGCAGGAUGACUCCCGAGUGUUCAUAAAUGGGACCUGCGUCCUCAAUGAUGAGAACUUUGUCCUCAUUGGGUCUUUCAUGGCGUUCUUCAUCCCUCUCAUCAUCAUGGUGAUCACGUACUGCCUGACCGUCCAGGUGCUGCAGAGACAGGCCACAGUGUUCAUGUGCGGAGAGGUGCCCAAGCAGAGGAGGAGCAGCGUGAACUGCCUCAAGAACAACACAGAGCACAUUUCAAUGCUUCACAAUCACGAAGGGGCAUCGCAUUUGAACUCUCCCGUGGGUAAGGAGGCAGUGCUUUUUCGGAAAGGAACUAUGCAGUCCAUCAACAAUGAGCGAAGAGCCUCCAAGGUCCUGGGCAUCGUCUUCUUUUUGUUUCUCAUCAUGUGGUGCCCGUUUUUCAUCACCAACGUCAUGUCCGUCCUUUGCAAGGAAGCCUGCGAUAAAGACCUCUUGAGCGAACUCCUCGACGUGUUUGUUUGGGUGGGGUAUGUUUGCUCGGGGGUUAAUCCCCUCGUAUACACACUCUUCAAUAAAACCUACCGCAGGGCUUUCUCCAGUUAUAUCCGCUGCCAAUACAAGACCAGCAAAAAAUCAGCACUGCGACAGAAUCAGUGUCUGAAUGUUGCUUCGACAGCUUUAUACGGGAAAGACCUGACUUUAACUAGUUAUCGAAAUGGCAAUGAAUUCAACAGCAUGGAACUAGAUGAAGCUGAGGAGGGCCUUGAAAUGCAACCAGGGACUUCAGAGCUCUCCAUAAACAGCUGUAAUGUUGUAAGCGAAAGAGUGAGCUGCGUGUAAAGGCGGCUCACACAGCCUGCGGCUACGGUCUGUCUGUGGCCAAAAUGUAUUGUAUAAAAAUGUAAGCGUUGGUCAAAGGACGUUGUAAAUACUGCAUUCUGAACAAAGAUUUUUUUUAAGGAAAAAAAAAAAAAAGAUUUGUCUUUCCAGUCCAGUACUUAAAACCAUAUAUAUUAAUAUACUGCAGUGAAGUUUAAGGUUCUAUAUUUACUGUUAAUACUAGAUCAGAACUAGUUACUUUGCAUAUGUCAUGGACAAAAUGUUUGAAUUCUUCUUCCAGUGCAUGAACAAAAACGCUGAAUAUUUAUCUCAGGUGGCAUUUGCUGGAGUCCAGAAUGGCACGUUAAUAGUUAUAUAUCAAAUACAUGCUAUUAGACUUGGUCAGUA